UAUGUCAUUUGCCAUUUGACAUUUUGAUACAAGAUGAAUGAUGAAAGCGCACAACAAACGACACCUCCUACAAUACAAAUGAAAAAGUAAAGUGGAGCAUCGUUUGUGUACUUUGUUUUCUCGAUAGGCUAAAUCAUAGAGCUCUAUAUUAUGGUGAGUAAGAUUUCCUUCAGUGACGUCACUGUCCGAGUAAAACACAAGAAGUAGCCCAUUUUCUGAGCGGGAUGAAGUUUAAAAAGCACACCAUCCCAGUAGAGCCUCCAGACGGUGGUUGGGGUUGGAUCGUAGCAAUCGGCAGUAACCUUAUGUUGCAAUGUGUCCUUAUCACUCGAAGCAUUGGAGUCUUCUUUAUUGAAUGGAAACAGUCCUUUGGUGCCUCAGCAGCCGAAGUCGGAGCAGUUGGAAGUGUUCAUAUGGCUUCCUUUCUCUUUAUUGGUCCUUUUGGAGGGUAUCUCUGUCGUCGUUUUGGAAGUCGUCGAUUAGCUUUAUUAGGUGGAGUGAUUGCAUUUACCGGUAUGAUACUCGCUUCUCAAUCAAAGACACUCAGUCAACUCAUGUUGUCCUUUGGAUUUUUAACAGGUAUCGGAUGUGGAUUUGGAUACAUCAGCGCCCAAAAUAUCAUCAGUAAAUAUUUCAAGAAACGUUUUGCCAUCGCUAACGGUAUAAGCAGCGCUGGUUUAGGUUUUGCGAUUAUGGUGUUCCCAGUACUUGCACGUUUCCUUAUUGAUUUAUAUGACUGGGAAGGAGCUAUGCUUGUAUUUGCUGGAAUUGUAGCUCAUAUAAUUGCCAUGGGAAUGCUCUUCAGACCGUUGCGUAGAACUUCAGUAAAGAAAGCGACCAAUCAUGUUGAAAGCUCUGAAGAGCAGAUUGCGGGGUUACAACCUCCUGAAGAAGAUGUUAGCUCACUUCAGGAUGAAGUGAUAUCCACGUCUAAUGAUGAAGUGGAUGCAAAUGGCAGUAACGGACACUCACACAGGAAAGAUUAUACACAACUAUCAACUUGUGCUUCAAGGGGAGAUGGACAAGAUGAAGAUGAUGCAAAGCCUUGCCGAGAAACUCUUGAGUCUCAUCGAACCUCAAACAACUACCGACCAGUGGCUCUCGACCCAUCAAAUGAUUCCUUACAACGAAAACUAAAGCAAAGACGACCGACUAAUGCAUCUAUUUAUGUGAAGAAAUCAUUCCGACAGUUCAUUAGAGGAUCAGGAAUCCAUCUCAUCAAAAGUCAUCAUUGUUUCAACUUGAUCUGCCUCGUUCAACUCACGAAUGGGAUGGGGUACUCUUCCGUAAUGACUCACAUUGUCGCUUAUGCCAUUUAUGCUGGAGUCCCGGAGCUAGAUGCAGCAAUUCUGUUAUCAAUCAUAGGAGUUGGAAGUUUAAUCGGUCGACUUAUCUCCGGACCCAUCAUUGAUUUCAAGAUUAUCUCUGCUGUUAAGUUUUACCCGAUGGUUGUUUUCAUCGCGGGCUUGUCGGUCGUGAUUUGUCCGCUCGUUCAAUCGUUUGCUGGACUUGUUGCCAUUGUUGCAAUCUUAGGCAUCUCUACUGGCAUUUACAAAGCUCUGAACACUGUCCUGAUUAGACUGUUUCUGGGAGCAGAUCUUCUGUCACUUGGAAUUGGACUUUUCAUGCCAUAUAUGGGCAUCGGUUCUAUUGUUGGACCAAUAUUUGUAGGUUGGCUUUAUGACAUCAAUGGAAAGUAUAACGUUGCACUCCAUGUUUCUGGAAGUAUCACGAUGAUAGGUGCCUUCUCUUUCUUACUCUUGCCCUACUUGAAGAAGAUUGAACAGAGAGCAGCCAAGAAAGCGUCGACUUUUGACAAAGAUCUUGAAGAUGUUGAUGUCCAGAUAGGAAGUACCAUUUCAAUACCAGAUAUUUAAAGAAACCAAUUUUUAAUCGUACGAAUCCCACCCGAGUAAUAUGUCUGUGAUUUUAAUCACAGAGCUCAAGAAAGUACUGAGUAUACAGUGCUAACAAACAUCGGUGUGUAAUGAGUAAAAACCAAAAUGAAUGAUAUUUAGUAAGUCACUGUUGUCCAGUGGUUAGACUGCAUGACUCACAAUCACAAGGUUGUGGGCUCGAAUCCUACAAUGUAACCAUUGCUUUCACAGGGACUACAAUAAGUAUUGUUGUCUAUUUCCAAUGGUUGUGGGUUCGAAUCUUACCAAGUUAGUUGAUGAUUUCACAAUGACUGGAAUAAGUACUGUCUUCCAGUUACUUCAUAACAAUUAAUGAUAUAUGCAGUUCAAACUGACAUAAAACCAAUGUUUGUAGGAGAGGGAUUGGCUGUUGCAUCCCCUUAGCUGGAGCUUUACUGAGCUCCCUUGAAUGAAGAUCAUCGAAUAAAGAAAUGGUUAAAUUUGGAAAUAUUGUGAAUAUUUAAAAAGCUUAAUUUGAUAAGUUCUAACGUUUUUAAUCACUAAGGAGAGUGACUGCAUUGAUCUUAUGUUAACAUCAUUUGCCUUUUGUGUACAAAGUAUUUCAAUCAACUCUUAUAAAACAUGUUUUCAAAGAAAUGAAAACCUUUGUCAUCCAAUUAGCUAAACUGUUAGUAAUGAUUAAUGUCUACCAACAAACACACAAGUCUGAUGUUUUGAUUACAAGUGAAUCAGUUUAUUGGUGCUUGGAGUGGCAUAUCUAAUGGUUCGGGGGGGGGGGGGACAUGGGGCUCCCCAACCUUCGGCUCAGGCGGCUUGAUGUUCCAGGGGUUCUUAGGGGGCCCAGGGACCCUUAAGGGGCCUUAGGGUGACCUUAGGGUGACCUUAGGGUGACCUUGGGGUACCAGGGGCCCAUUUCACAAAGCAAUAAAAUUCAUCGCAAGACAAACUGUCUGUAUUACCAUAGUGGUUUCAGUAUUUAAUGUUGGAUAACAGAAGGUUUGAAUCGGAAAUCUCUUAAAUGCUGAUAUUUCAAUAUGUAUCAAAUGCUGCAAAUUGUACCUGUGUAAAAUAAUGUAUAAAUGAGACGCCAAAGUAUUUAUACUUUUUUUCCCGAAAAGUAUUAUCAAACUUCACAUACUACCAAGUACUUAGCUCGUAACGUUGGUAUUUGACUAUUUUAUGUAUUAUUUAUAUGAACUAAUUUUGGUUGUGAAGCAUGAGGAUUCUCAGCAAACUAAACCAAAAACACAAUGAAGAGAAGAUAAGGAUCGAAGUUUCAGAUUUGGGAGGGAAAACUUUGAGAAUUAUUAUAGGGAAAACCCACGCAAGUAGGGACCGCAAACCUAUAUAGCGGUCCUACUAAAAGCUGACAAGUCCAGAGCGAAUGACAGCAAAUAAACCAAAGACUUGUUAAUAGCUUUGUAAUAUAAAAAAACAGAUGUCAUAGCAAAACUUCACGAAAAGUCUGAAUUUUGAACCAGUAAUGAGCUGUCAGACGCCAUAUUGGCUUAAAAACCGUGUUUCGACCAGUCCAUUAAGAAUAUUUUUCUGUUGUAUAAUAAUUUUCAUGACGAAAGGGUUGUUAUUUCCAAUUAAACAAACAUGGCAU